UCGCCUCUUCCAAGUCUUGGGCUCCGCUCCACCGUCACCUCUACUCAACUCGUCGGGCCAAUUGGUGUCUCGCAUCGUGGCGCUAUAGACAGCUACAGUAGGCUUCCGAAUGGAAUAGGCCCUGUUUGCAGAGCGGCCUGUCCAAGGCUGUGUGCCCUGCGAGCUUGCCCCACAGCCGAAUUUUCUCGAGGCCUAUUCUUUUAG